CGGGAGAAGGCGGAAGAGGAGAGGCGGCCGCGGCAGGGAUGCAGGUCUCUCCCCAGGACUACCAGAAUGUGCCCAUCGACAUCCAGACCAGCAAGCUCCUGGACUGGCUGGUGGACAGGAGGCACUGCAACCUGAAAUGGCAGAGCCAGGUGCUGGCCAUCCGUAAGAAGAUCAAUGUGGCCAUCCAGGACAUGCCGGAGAACGAGGAGAUCAAGCAGCUGCUGGCAGGGGCUUACCUGCACUACUUCCACUGCCUGAGGAUUGUGGAGAUCCUCAAAGGCACUGAGGCCUCCACCAAGAACCUCUUUGGACGUUACUCAUCCCAGCGGAUGAAGGACUGGCAGGAGAUUGUAGCCCUCUAUGAGAAGGAGAACACCUACCUGGCCGAGCUCUCCAGCCUGCUGGUGCGCAGCGUCAGCUACGAGCUGCCCUCGCUGCGGAGGCAGCUGAGCAGGUGCCAGCAGGCGCAGCAGGAGUGCUGCCGGCGCCAGGAGGAGUGCCAGCUGCGGGCGGCACAGCUGCGCCAGCGCUUCCUCGCCUCCUGCCGGCAGUACGGCAUCGCUGGCCAGGACGUGCGGCAGGAGCUGCUGGCCUUGGUGCAGGACCUUCCCUCCCUGCUGUCUGCCGUUGGGGCAGGGGCCAGUGCCCUCUCUGAGGCCAUUGAGCUGUACCAGGCCUGUGUGGAGUUCGUGUGUGAGAGCUCCACAGAGGUGGUGGUGCCCAUGCUGCGCCACGUGGGGAGGAAGGGCAACACAACUGUCUACGAGUGGAGGACAGGGCUGCAGCCCCUGAGGGUGGAGAGGCCUCAGGUGGAGGAGGAGGUGGUGCCAGAGCAGCCCAAGGAGGACACAAUUGACUGGGGAGACUUCACCCUGGAGCCAGCCCAGGGGGGUGAAGGUGGCACUGCCAGUGGGGGAGCCCAGAGCGAGGAGAUCGACUGGGGGAUCACAGCAGAGCCUGAGCCCCAGCAGGGAGCUGGCAUUGACUGGGGAGAUGAGGACAGCCAGGAGGUAGAGAUCACAGUGCUGGAGGCUGGCACCGAGGUGCCCGAGGGGGUGGCCUGUGGCACCGAUGCCCUGACGCUGCUGGAGCACGCCCAGACCCGCGGGCAGUUCGUCGACGAGCUGAUGGAGCUGGAGCUGUUCCUGUGCCAGCACCUGGUGGAGAUGCAGGAGGAGGCAGACAUCGUGGCCCUCAGCCAGCUGCAGCUGGCCCCUGCCGUGCUGCAGGGCCAGAGCAGUGCCCACGUCAGUGCCAUGCUGGCCACCACCAGGGCUCUGCUGGGCCAGCUCUGCACCCAGAGCAUGCAGCACCUCUUCAUGAUCCUGGCCUCCCCCAGGUAUGUGGAGCGUGUGAGCGAGCUGCUGGGGCAGAAGCUGAGGCAGGCAGAGCUGCUGCUGGCCAAGGAGGAGCUGAUGAGGCAGAAGAGGGAGGAGGCCCUGGCCGAGCAGGCUGCCCUGGAGCCCAAGCUCGACCGCCUGCUGGAGAGGACCAAGGAGCUCCAGAAGCUGAUCGAGGCUGACCUCUCCAAGCGCUACGGUGGGCGCCCGGUGAACCUGAUGGGAGUCUGCUUGUGACCCCCUCCCCUCCCCCCCC